AUGUUAUUCUUAUCCAUAUUGAUAGGAAGGUGUUUGGCCUCUCUCAAUCUAACCAUUGGAAUUGACAUAAAUAAUAAGGAAUCCUUAGCCUAUUUGGGAAGAUUGGAAUAACAUUAUGAAUAAUUUGAAGAAAAAGGAUUGACCUUGAACAUUCGGAAUCACAUUCUGCCAUGCUACACAUGCAAAUAGAGACAUAAUUACACAUAACCUGAAUUACAUUGCUUCGGAGGUGGAAGAUAUUGUUAAUUUUCAACUUAUGCCAAUGGUCAAUAGUUACUUACAGAGAUUAUCAGAUAGCAAUGCUUAUUUGCAAAGGAUAUUAACAUAUUUUUAAGCUAUAUCAAUUUCUUUUAGUAAGAUUGUUUUGAAAGUCCACAUUAUACAUUUUGUUCAGAAAAUAUAUUGAAAAAUUUGCUUAGUUUAAAUACAACUGAAAUUGAUGAAUGUGUUAAUGCUAGCUUUGUAGGAGAGGGUGAUAAGGCAUUGUUAGAAAAUCACCUACUUGCUUAAGAAAUGAAAAAGUAAUAUAAUGAGAGUUCACUAAGUGUAUACUUAGAUAAUAAAGAAAUUUAGGAUUCGUCAUUUCCUGAAAUGAUUGGCUAAAUAUGUUAUAAAUUAAAAACUGAUCCGCCUGAAUAUUGCAAUAUAUUUUCACGUCUUGAAAAAAACACAACAAUAAAAUUAGAUGAUUAAAUCCUCUUUUUUAUUUUUAUAGUACUACUCAUACUCCUAAUUUUGAUAUCAAUAAGGGUCUUAAAAAGAGUGAAGUAUGUGAUUUUGGAAAAACAAUCUAUCCCUAUAGAAGAAACAAUUGGAAUUAUUUCAGGGGAAAAUAUACAAUGA